UAUUUCUCCUAAAACGCAACUGGGUGAUGCUGUUCCGGAGCAAUGUGCCGAAAAAAUGGAAACGUCAUAAAAUACGACCUGCGAAAGAUGGAUGUAACGGCGACCCCAGCAUGCUGACAGAGCCGAGCCAGAGCCGAGGCCUACCGAUGGUCAUCCAUCCCGCGGACCGGUGCCAAGCCAACGGGCUUUCGGCCAAUGAGGAGCGACAUGUUUCACCAAAUUCUUUUCGCGCACACAAUGGCGGAAAUUUUGAGAUAGUUGACCCGCUCUCGCAAAAACUAAAGCUUUAGCAUCGUUCCGUAUAUCGGUGAUAAUACUUUGCGACGCCAAAAAAAAAAGAAGUACCUGCAGGCUGGUUCUGGUAGAUAGGUAUCCAAAAUGGGCGCUUUGAGAAGAAUUAAGACAAAGCGCAGGACAAGGGAUUACGAUCAGGUUCGAGCCGAUAUCGAAUCCCCCAAACACCUUGCGCAGUACAAAGCCACCAAGGACCCAGAGGAUCUACCAGGGCUUGGAAAGCAUUAUUGCGUCGAGUGCUCAAAAUGGUUUGAGAGUGAACAUAACCUGGUUGCCCACACAAAGGGUAAAAACCAUAAACGAAGAAUUCGCCUCCUACGCGAAGAACCUCAUACACAGAAGGUCGCUGAAGCCGCUGUGGGUUUAGGCACUGACAACGGCCUGCGUUCGGGAGAAACUGUGGUCGACAUGGAGGAAUAAUUUUCUACGACUACUACGCGAUUUAUGAGCAUCAGCGACUAUUUGAUAUACAUCGCCAAUAUGGAGGGGGUAUGUCUCUUGGACAGGCUGAACGAGAAGCCACAGAAGAAAAAUUCAUCCUUCGAAGGUUGAUGUUGUCUUGAAGACAAUGCUAUUGGUUGCAUAGCUCAAGUCCUUUCAGCCAAUCAGAAAUUGGCAGGGUCACAUGAAACACGUGAAACCACAUGCGCCGAAAACCGCCAGAGUUUGGCGCCCGAUUUACCGAGU